UCCGGUGGCGCCAGCUUAGUGACACCACCCCUACUCGGAGUCAGCCUCACGCCCCAGUGCCUUGACCCCUGCCUGGGAGGCUGAAUGGGGGCCGGGGAAACUUAGGCCCCGCCCGCUCUCGGCCAGCCGUCCGCGGGGCGUGGGCUGGACACCCCUGCAAAGCACAUCGACUGAAAUCGGUUGACCGCGAGGGAGAAGCUGCGCUCACGCCGUGCGGUGGGUGCCUGCAGCCUGAACCGCCGGCCCCCCUCUUUCCUGGGGCGCAGAGCUGUGAUCUGAUGGACUCCGCGGGCCCCGCACGCCGGACCCGCCCGCCCGCCCGCCCUGCACUGCCAGCCUGGAUGUGUCUCAGCGCCGCGACAAGUGCACCCCCGGCCCCGAGCCAUGGCUAGUCCGCGGCGCGGCCGACCCUGCUGCAUCCGGGCCGCGCUCAGUGCCACCAGCACCAGGGCCGGCUUCUGGAGGAGGCGGAGAAACGCGCUGCAUCGCCUCAAGGCCCAUCCCAAGAGGGGCCACGUGGACCUGGCUGACGGCGUCUGGAGAGAGCUCCUAGAUCCUCACGCCGGCUGGGAGGACCCCCCGGCUCCCCUGGCCCGCAGCCUCAAGGACCGGUCUCCGGGGGACCCGCCCUGCCACCGGCCUUCACACGCGCCGAAGCCCAGGAGUCCGGUCCACCCAGAAGACUCUCUCCGGUCGGACGUGCCCGGCCCCCUCGUGAGAGCUGCCGGGGGGGCCCCGGUGCCCCCGGGGGCCGAUGAUGGGGACAUGCAGCCCGUGGAGGCUGGCGGCCCCGGGGCGGCUGCGCCUCCGGACGGCCCGGGGGUGAUGGAGGGAGACUGGGGGCCCCCCCUCCCGGCCGCGGCGUCCCCGGAGCCCGGCCGCUGCGCGCAGGGCAGGGCCCGGGUGUCACGGCAGCCGCCCCGACUCGGGAGUGAGAGGGACAAGGGGCACCGGCUCUCCCUGUCCAAGAGGAAGCUGGAGCUCUUCCUCUCCGAGCCCGAGAAGAGGAAGAGGCGGCGGCAGCACGCAGCCUAGACCCAGGCCCACACCACGAGCGCCACACGGCCCCGCCCUCCGCUCGGCCGCGGUCCACAGCCCACGCUGGUCCUGGCACCAAUAAAAGGGGGUCCUCCCAAGGACAGAGCCAUGGGUCCCUCCGGCGGCUGGGGGUGCACGGGCCCUGGGGGUGCACGGGCCCUGGGGGGUGGUGCCUCUCCCCCACGGGACACUGGUGCAGUGGAGCCGGUCCCACGGGCCAGGGCUCUGGUUCUGAGUCCCCACCCCUGCCCCCUUGGGUCCCCCUUCCUGCCGGCGAGGACGGGUAGGGCUGUGGCUGCUGCAGGGCGAGUGGGGGUCCCAGCAGAGGGGCCCCCUCAGACCCCAUGGACAGAAUGAGGGAGGGGCCGGACCUGUGUGUGGUCUCUCGGGUGUUUGGUUGAGAGGCAAGUAGGCACUUUGGGGCUCCUUGCUGGGCCCCAUGUGGCAGCCCCUGGUGGCGGAGCUGCUACCCUGGUCCUGGUGGCCGACACCCAGGGGGUGGGCGGGGGUCUCCACGGCAGCCUAAUGCCUCUGCGUGGGCCCUGGCUGCAGCAGGUCCUGGCCCCGUGGGGCACAGCUCCAUGUCCCUCCCAGCAACUGGGACCCCCACCCCCACCCCCAGUGGGGGGGGCUUGAGGGGGCCAGGCGGACUCGCACCUCCUCGGGGACGAGCCUGCCGCACAGAUGCUGAGAAUGCCCCUAGGCUGCGUCGGAAGUGCGGGGGAGACGGGCACGGUUUUCAUCAGAGCACAGCUGUGUGACAGCCCUCAGGCCACCCGGCAUCUCUCAAGGAACGUUCCAGAAGAAUGAGGUGGGGCUCUGGCUCCCGUCUUGGCCCGGGGACGUUGGACCCGGCGGCUCCACAGAAGCUGGGGUUGGGUCAGGGCUUGAGUGCCCGGGCAGCACUUGGGGCGCGGGUCCCAGGCUCACGGGCGCCCGCUGCGUGAGUUUUGUUGCAGGGCCUGCGCCUGCGCCCACACGCCCCCCAGCCCCCAACCCGGGAGGGAGUUCAUGCUCACGCAGUGGCCACGCCCCGUGAGGGCAAACAGCACUCCGCGAGCCAGCU